GCCCGCGCGCCGACGUUCCGCUGAACCCAGCGCCACCGGAAGUGGCCGGACCCUAGGCGGAGGGACCUGGGGGAGCGGAAGUCACUCCGUGAGGCAGUGGGGACUGCGGCGGCGAGAGGAUGAACAACAAGUUCGACGCAUUGAAAGAUGAUGACAGUGGGGACCAUGAUCAGAAUGAAGAAAACAGCACACAGAAAGAUGGUGAGAAGGAAAAAGCGGAACGAGACAAGAGUCAGGGCAGCAGCAAGAGGAAGGCUGUUGUCCCAGGACCAGCAGAGCAUCCCCUGCAGUACAACUACACUUUCUGGUACUCCAGGAGAACCCCCGGCCGGCCUACCAGCUCACAGAGCUACGAACAGAACAUCAAACAGAUCGGCACCUUUGCCUCUGUGGAACAGUUCUGGAGGUUUUACAGCCACAUGGUACGUCCCGGGGACCUGACGGGCCACAGUGACUUCCAUCUCUUCAAAGAAGGAAUUAAACCCAUGUGGGAGGAUGAUGCAAAUAAAAAUGGUGGCAAGUGGAUUAUUCGGCUGCGAAAGGGCUUGGCAUCCCGUUGCUGGGAGAAUCUCAUCCUGGCCAUGUUGGGGGAGCAGUUCAUGGUUGGGGAGGAGAUCUGUGGGGCUGUGGUCUCUGUCCGGUUCCAGGAGGACAUUAUUUCAAUAUGGAAUAAGACUGCCAGCGACCAAGCAACCACAGCCCGAAUCCGGGAUACACUUCGGCGAGUGCUUAACCUACCUCCCAACACCAUUAUGGAAUACAAAACCCACACCGACAGCAUCAAGGCCUGGGAGGAGUUUCAUGGCCUGGUGAACAGCAGCGGCCGCUGAUCGGACGCUCCCCCUCUGUCUCUCACACUCAGGGGACAAUUCAAGCUUUCGAAAUACAAAAAUCACAUUGUGAAAGUACACAAGCUGGCAAUAAUCCUUUUCUGUAUGUAUGUGUUUGUCCGAAAUGGAUGGGAGGUCUCCAGCUGGUCCUUCCAUCUGCUCACUGAAGGGACGUCCCUGAGCCGUGUGCUCCCCUUUUGCACUCAUUCCUGGAGGACGGAAUCCGCUAGACACCCUCCAGCAUCGCUGACUUUAUAAAGCGGAAAACGGAAAACGUGACUUUGUAAUAGACAAAUUUUUUUUUUUAAUGGGAUUCUAUGGGGGGAGUUUCGCCUUUUGUUUUGCUGUGUGCUGUCCAGAUGCCUCUCGCGGUUCUGUGUGUGCUCUUCUCUGCUGUACGAAAGGCAUCGUGACCACGUGUACCAGCCAGAGCUGUCGACUGAGAGUUAUCAGUAUUAUGAAUGUCUGUGCAUCCAGGAAAAGCUUUUUGUUGGAGUCCCGGAAUAGCUAUAAAUGCUCUCUUCUAGCUCUGCCAUUAAAUUAUUGGGACCUUUUGUUUAUUUCUCUCCCCUGUUCCCCAAGCCCCCAACUUUCUGAAAAUGUGUUACUGAUUUUGUAUUGUCUCCUGCCUUAUGCCCUCCAGUCUUCCCUCCUGUGGGACUCUUUCCUUCUUAGGCACUGCUGCACUUAGAGUUUUAAUCCAGUGGGCCACACUGGUUUCACUGAGGCGGCUUAGAAGGGAUGCCUUGGUAAACUAAACUGGAGCAGAAGCCAGUUUGGUUAGGAGCUAGAUUAUAAUAGAGGUUCCAAGGGCAGGAUUUGGAGCUGAGGGCAGUGUCUGAAACCGUUUUCCCAGAUGAGCAGGGCCUGCGUGUCCAGCCUGUUUCUAUGGCUUCUUGCAUGCCCCUCAUUAAGGAAGGGAAGCAAAAGCUGGUUGUUGCCAGGUACUAACACUUAGUAUGGUAAAUUCUGUGAUCCUGAAACUGGGACAUCUGUGGAAGAGAUGGCCAUGAUGGAAGGCUUUGUUUUCAUGGCUGUGCCUGUCUGCAGUGGUGGAGACGCCUGUCUUUAGUCCUCAUCACUGAGUAUAUAUAUUAGGAAACGUGUGCUGGUCCCGGAUGCCCAGACAGAAACUCCCCUUGCAGGCCACUGCAGGCUCGCUUUAAAAUGACCAGUCAUGCAUCAGAGAAGCCUGCUUCUGACUGCAGAAGGACUGAAGUCAGGGGUCAAAAGGGUACCUAGGAUUGAAAUAAGUACUGAGUACGAAUCCUCCUGCCACUCCAGGGAGCAUUGUCCUACGUGGCUCUUAUAAGCAGAGAUCACAGUACCUUAAAUUAAGGCCUCUCCUGGAACCUCCCCUUGAAGGUCGGGGGCCUGAGCCACCUGGUCUCAGAGAAAUCGUGUGAAAGUAAUGGGCAUUUCCUUGUUGUGUUUAUGUCACUCUCGUCCUCUUUCCAACUCUUGAAAACCCUCGAAGUAUCUGUCUUGGGAUGCUUUUUCCUACAAGAACGGGGGAGGACAGGGGCCAGAAGAGAGGUGCUUCCACUCCAGGGAACGUAGAUCAGACAGGAAGCUCUAGCAGGGGUUUAGGCUCCAGGGAUACGAAGAGUGGAUGCCAGGGCCGAGACAUGGUGAAGGGCUCCGGCAGGCACAGGAGCAGCGUGGGCUUGCAUGGGAGCGGAGGCUGCUUCCUGAGAGGUGCUCAGACCCCAGGGAGGGCUUCGCUUUUCCCAGACUCAGAAUUGCCAUGAAAAUUCCAAAGAGAGCAGACAUUUGGAUUUGCCCUCCUCUGGGCCUCUUUCUGACCUGUGUGUGUGCUCCUGUGUGUGUGUGCAAUGCGUCCAUGAGUGAGUGAGGGUUUUGUCAGGCUGGGUGCUUAGGUGUAUUGUCCAUAUUCAUGUUUUUGCGCUUUUUUUUGGUCUCAUUUGUUCCGAUUUUUUAAUCUCUUGUGUUUUCUAGAGCUGCUCGUGUUUCCCCUUCCUCUUUGUGACUGCAGUAUUUGAAAGUUAUUUUCCCCAUCAAAAAUAUGCUGACCCUCUGCUGGUUAGGAUGAGAGUUGUUUCUGUUUGGCAGCAUCUUUCCCCCAGAGCUCUGCAGAUAAUCUAACAGCUUUAAAUGGGAGAUUGAAGAGUCGUUUUAUCCAAACCACCCAGUUUCCAAACUAGCUUGAGAGGUCUUGCCGUUUCUUUUUGACUCCACAGGCCUCUGCUCCACUGAGCUAUGACACAGUUGUGGUUAUGGUAUCACCUGUUCUAGAGACAAGGGAAAAAGGUGCACCAGGGCCAACCCAACAAAUGUGCGAGGUGCUGCUGAGAGAUGGGGCUGCUCUCUGCUUUGCACAGGCGGGCUGUUUCCCCAUGGCCCCUCUGCUGGGUUUUCCCUUAGCACUUGGCCCUGCUCCUCUCCAGGGCUCUUCUCAUUUUAUCCUUUAUCUGUGUGCGUGUGUGUGUGCCUGUGUGUGUGUUCCCUGUGACAUUGGCAGUAGUGAUAGUUUUCCACCCGGAGAGACGCUUGUGGUCCACGAUGCUCCAAGAAUGAAUUUCCAAGUAUUUGCCGGUGGAGGAACAGAGGCUGGGACGAGAGUGAUUUAGUGAUGCACUUUCAGAGCAAUUGUCUACUGCAGUAAUAAAUGGAAACUAUCAGCAAGAA